AUGGUCAGACGCGACUCUUCCCGAUCCCUGCCGGACCGCGACAGUGGAGAAAACAAUCCAACUGGUACUUUGAGCCAAGAUCCCCUGCUCUUCACGAAACACCAUACCCGAAAUGCUGAAUGCACACUAAAAGUCCUUCCUCUGUCCACUAUGUAUUUGGACGAUCCCCACAAACGCUCUGCAGAGUCCAUAGUCCGCAAGGUUGCGCAGGGCCAUAAACUAUUCGGAGCUGGCAGCUCAGAGCUAGGGUUUUUCUGGGACGCUGAUCCUGUACAUAAACUUGCGCAGUUGGAUAAGUCGAAACCUAUCAAGUUCUCAGUGGUACCACUGUCUCCUGCAGGAAGUUGUAUCGGGAACCUAUACAUAGUAAUGGGCCAGAAGAACCCUGGUAAAGACUACGAGGCGUAUGUUCUUCAUAAUGACAUCGAUGCGUACCUUCCGUUUGAAAACGAAGAAAGGGUUUUGAUUUCCAAGGAAGGAGAUCCUAUCAAGAAUAACAUUCCCCAAAACUUCGCAUUGAGGAUCCGUUUCCUCAACUUACACGGUCAGAACAAGGACGACAGCAUCAAAAAGUCUGUUCAAGACCUCAUUCAACAUGAGGAAAGUCAUGAUCCAGUUUUAACAUCCCCGCCAUCUUUUCCAACAGAUGGCUGGGAUUUCAGUUCUUCUUCCCGUGAUUUGACUAAACCCAUUCAUUUCAUCGUGGAGCACGAGUAUGUCAUUGGGCAUCCCGAAAGCAUAUUCGAUGUGGUCAUGAGCAGUGCGGACCAUCGAGGUAACUAUGUGUUCAGGGAAAUGGUGACAGAUAAGAACGGCGUGAUCUACGCGCGUAAGGGAGACCCCGAUAAGAACCCAUGA